GGUUUCGACUCGCUAUAUUCUAGCCCGAUCCCCGAGUUUAGCUAUAUAACUAACUACUUGUUCCCAUCCAAUCUGGAGUAAGUUCUAAAAGUCUAUAGCUGCUACACUACUUUCGAUCCUGUUUUGUCUUACUACUCUCACUCUCACCGACAAUACGCAUAGUACGGUCCGCCACUUAUAAACACAAGAUGUCACAAACAGCUCGCCGAUUCGCUCAGAUCGUCAAACUGAAGCCUCAACACCUUGCUGAGUACAAGGAAGUCCACGCUAGAGUCUGGCCCGACGUCCUCAAGCAGAUCCAAGAGUGCAAUAUUCGAGACUACAGCAUUUUCUACGAUGAUCAGAGCCACAUUCUCUUCGCCUCGUUCAAAUACAUCGGCUCGGACUACAGCGGCGACAUGGAGAAGAUGGCAAAGAACCCCCGUGUGAGGGAAUGGUGGAAGAUGACAGACGCCUGGCAGGAGAGUCUUGUGCCUGGUGCAGUGAGCUCUGAGGCCGGCGAGCCUUCUUGGUGGAAGCCAGUUGAGGAGGUCUUUUAUCAGCCUUAAGGUGAAUAGAAUGCAACAUAAAAUUCAGGAAUGGUAUAAAGAAAAGUCACAAACACUCCGGACUCACCAAGAGCUUAUGAUCUAAAUCUCUUACGAUUCAUGGCAUCAAGUAUCAAGUCCUGAGGCCUCUAUCUUUUGGCACAACGCCCUUGCUAAUCUCGCUCGCGAGUGUUACAUACUGUAGAAUGGGUAGUAGUAGAAUAGAAGGAUAAAAUGAAAAGGGCGCCUCCGAAAUGCCUAUGCAAAAUUCUUUCUUUUUUCCUUCUUUUCUUUCUCCGUCUUCUUCAUCAGUCCCGUUACUUAUUCCUCACUCGUUACCAUCCACGGCCCGGCCCUGGCGAAGCUGAACUGAAGCAAAUAACGAAACGAAUGCACUAGACCGACGCCAUCAUUGCGAAAUGCAUAUUUACCUAUGUUCAUGCGUUAUAUACAGUGUCUACUCUUGACUCCUGGAUCAUCUGGAGCUCGCUGCUACGCUUCACCUUGGACCAUGGACUGCUCUACGUCCAAGGGACGGGUGGAUGGGAGCAGCCAUUGGAGAUAACACAUGACGCUUCACGUUUCCUCCUAUUGUCUUUGAUCCGAUACUGAUCUUGUACCUCAACAAGUCAACCGAUUCCUUGUCGCCAAUGCUGACAUUGGCUGCCUCCUUUGCCAAAACACCUGCUUCUUUACGAGCCUUGGCAAAGAAUUGUGCAAGGCUAGAUUGAGCGUCUUCGGCACUGUCCACGUCCUCCUCCUGCAACACAUAGAGGACGGCGAUACGCGCAAAGUCGAGGACCUCGUUUGUGAUCUUGAACUUGGUCAUCGGGUCCUGUGUCUGCGAUGGGUCUGCUGUCACUGAGGUCUGUGCAGCAUUGCCAGCGUCGCUUGUUGAGGUUGGCGCGUUUUCGGGGCUUCCCUCGUCAACCACCAGCGUAGUUGGCGCGGCGGUUUCGGAGGAUACGACGACAGCAGGGGCAGUUUCAGGUGUACGGGCAACGAGAGUCGGUGCAGCGACCUCUCGCUUGAACUGGAGAGCCAGGCUGUCGAGCAAAGUCCUUUUGCGUGUAGCAGCGCCAUCAAAAGUAACCAGGGAGUUCUGGGCAAUGCAGGACAGCUCUGCAGCAUUGACCUUCGCCAUGAUGGCAGUGCCAGAUAGAGGGAUAGAAAAGUUUUUCUGGCUGUUCUCGAUAAGGCGUGGAAUACUUUUGCCAAGCGUGACGUUGUUCAGAUCAUUGCCCAAGUCUGUAGUCGUGCAACCAUCGGAGCCACCAGCGCUGCAGUCGGAGCCUGUAAAGCCAUUUGUGCAAAUACAUGAGCAUGUACCCUGCGACAUAAUAUUUGUUCCACCGUUCUGGCACUUUAAUGAUUCUUGGCAUUGAGCAAGGGCAGACUUUGGCUUUUCAUCAUUGCCCAAGUUCUUAAAGACGAAAAAUUCCAAUGGGACAAGGACAGCGGCCAGAAUUAUGCCAACAAGUAAGAAUAGUAAGAGGACAAACGCCCACACAGGCAGACCGCAGCAGCGCCGACGUCGCUUGCCCUGGCCUUCAUCCGAAGGCGUCAUCUCGCGAAGGCCAGAUCGUGAAGGAACAUCACCCUGACGGGUGGGAGCUAGGGGCCAAGAUGUCGUUCGAAACCAGGAUCCACGGUUCUGUCGCUCUGGCUGUUGUGCGGGAGGGGGGAAUGCUGCCAGCAUAUCCGAUAGUCCUACGAGAGGUAAGUUCAUCAAAACAUCACAUCCUAAAG